AAUUCCCAUAGCUGCAAAACACACACCAACACACAUGACAGAGAAUUCUUCCAAAUAUACAUGACUUCAAAUCAAUUCGUUCCUUACUCACAAAGCUUCACGCCUCCACAAACAGACCUCUUCCAUUCAUAUACACGUACCGCCUGAGCAGAGCCCGUUGUGGCCCUUUGUUUUCGCUUCUGAUCAUCUGGGUAUCUCUGGCUUUUGCUUGUUCUUCUUCCAUUCCUCCUUUUCCUCAGACCCAUUCGCUGCAGUUGAUUGCCGCCUCCAUCUUCUCAAGGAUAAGAACUUUAGGGCUUACCAGGGUGCUCUCCGGCGAGCAUCUCUUGCUGCAUGUCAAUGCCCCUGUCCCUGCCGUCGUUGAGCGGCUGGGCGAUGCCAAGCAGCCUGUCAGAGAAGCCGCCAGGAGGCUCUUGCUCGAGUGUUUUCACGUUUUAACCGAUGAUUGUUUCUUGUUCCGCAUUUCAUCUGCGGUGAAGAAGAAGAAGGAAUUUGUCACUGAUGGAAACUGGAGGAGCCUCGAGGAAACCAACGCUUACACCUAAAGCUGUUAUUCACCAAAAGUAUGGAAGCAAGGCUUGUUACAAAAUAGAGGAAGUACACGAGCCACCUCCAAAUGGGUGCCCCGGAUUGGCCAUUGCUCAGAAGGGGGCUUGUAGUUUUCGCUGCAAUUUGGAGCUUCCAGACAUUUCUGUUGUGUCAGGGACGUUUAAAAGAAAGAGAGAUGCCGAACAAUCUGCUGCAGAAAUCGCCAUUGAAAAGCUGGGCAUCCAUACAAGAACAAAUGAUCCAACUGCAGAAGAAUCCUGGGACGAAUUAGUUGCUCGGAUCAACUAUUUAUUUUCCAACGAGUUCCUUUCAGCUCUUCACCCACUCAGUGGCCACUUUAGAGAUGCCACGCUGAGAGAAGGAGACCUUUAUUGUUUAGUUCCUAUCUCCGUUAUUUUCGCUUACGAUGCAAGGAUGUGUAAUUUGUCUAAAUGGAUUGAUCCUCGGGUGGAGUCGAAUCCAUACUUGGUUAUCCCAUGUAUCUUGAGGGCAGCUGCAAAAUUAUCUGAAUCUCUUUAUGUUCCUAAAGGGCAACUUUCAAUUCAAAGGAAAAAUCCGUACCCUUCCGAAGUUAUGACGUCAACAGUUAUCGAGUCCUCUCUUUCCUCUGAAAGAUCUUUGAUUGAAGUCGUACGCAUUCCACAUUUGCUUGACAAGCCUGUAGAAAGUAUAAUCCUCGACCUUUCUCCAACUCGGUAUUACCUGGAUCUUAUUGCCGAGGAACUUGGCUUGUGCGACGCAGCCAAGGUUUUCAUCUCAAGGCCUGUUGGUAGAGCAUCCUCCGAAACAAGGUUGUACUUUGUGGCGUCUGAAACGUUUCUAUCUGAUCUAGCGUCAGAUCUUGUCGAGUUCAAAGAAGCUCUUCACUUUGAAGAACCAUUGAAUGCUAGAGCAACUUAUUUAUCUGGUCAAGAUAUAUAUGGGGAUGCAAUUUUAGCAAACAUUGGGUACACAUGGAAGAGUAAAGAACUUUUUCAUGAGAACAUUGGCUUGCAAUCAUAUUACAGGAUGCUUAUUAAUAAGACACCGAGUGGUAUUUAUAAGUUGUCCAGAGAAGCAAUGCUUACAGCACAGUUGCCUUCAACAUUCACCACAAAAGCAAACUGGAGGGGCGCCUUCCCAAGGGACGUCCUUUGUACGUUCUGUCGUCAGCAAAGAUUAUCUGAACCUAUCAUUUCUGCUGUAAGUGUUAUAGCAUCUUCCAAGUCAUCUGAUAAACAGAACUUACAGGUAGUAGAUUCAGCGGCAGUUGAGCAAGAUCAUGCAAAUAGAGGCACAAUUGUUGGAAAUGAAGGACAACGUUUAGAAUCUGAAGAUACCUUCAGAUGUGAAGUUAGAAUUUAUUCCAAAAGUCAGGAACUGAUUUUGGAAUGCUCGCCGAUAGACACGUUCAAGAAGCAGUUCGAUUCAAUCCAGAAUGUUUCUUUGAGAGUUCUUUUGUGGCUGGAUGCAUAUUUCAAGGAUUUACAUGUUUCUUUGGAGAGAUUGACCUCUUAUGCUGAUGCACUUGCCAUUCGAUUUAAUCCCGAAAGAUUCUUCGAAGAACUAGCUUCCUGCAGAUCUGUGCAUUCUGGUUUGAACAGUAAAGUUGAAGGAGAAAUAUCACAUAAAUCAAAUGGCGUGAAAUUGCCGUGUAACUAUGUGGGCUGUGGAGACAGUUUUCCGAACAUUCGAGGUUCAGAUUCGGGUAUUAGUCCAUCUAAUGGAUCAUUAGUAUGCAUCAGUUAUAAUGUAGCCCUCAAGGCCGAUGGCGUGGAAGUUAUGGAAACUAUGGAGAAUAAUGAUGAGUUCGAGUUCGAGAUAGGCUUUGGAGGUGUUAUUCCAUGUCUUGAAGCAAUUGUUCAGCAGAUGUCUGUUGGUCAGUCUGCUUGUUUUUCUGCAGAAUUGCCCCCUAGAGACUUUAUUUUAGCUUCAACUCUCGACUCCGCAAGGAUACUUCACUUGUUAGAUUCAAAAGUAUGCUGCUUGGACUACUCUUGUAGUUUGUUGCGUGUUACCCAACCCCUGGAAGACAGGAUGGAGCAGGCCUUUUUCAGUCCUCCACUAUCAAAGCAACGGGUGGAAUUUGCUGUGAAAUAUAUCAAAGAAUCAAAUGCUUCUACAUUGGUCGACUUUGGAUGUGGCUCGGGGAGUCUGUUGGAUUCUUUACUAAAUUACCAGACAUCUUUAGAGAAAGUUGUUGGUGUCGAUAUCUCACAAAAAAGUCUUAGCCGUGCGGCGAAGAUACUUCAUUCAAAACUGAGUACAGAACCAAAUAGUCAGCUACCUCGUACUGCCAUCAAAUCUGCAGUUCUUUACUAUGGAUCCAUUACAGAUUUUGAUCCACAAUUGUGUGAUUUUGACAUUGCCACUUGCUUAGAGGUAAUUGAGCAUAUGGAAGAAGAUCAAGCAUAUCGGUUCGGCAAUUUGGUGCUGAGUUCAUUCUGCCCCAAACUUCUCGUCGUUUCAACUCCGAACUACGAGUACAACGUGAUACUCCAAGGUUCGAAUCUUUCAAGCCAAGAAGGGGGGGACCCAGACGACAAAACCCAGUUACAACCUUGCAAGUUUCGCAAUCACGAUCACAAGUUCGAGUGGACUCGAGAACAGUUCAAUCACUGGGCAAGAGAUUUGGCCACACGACACAACUACUCUGUAGAAUUCAGUGGCGUUGGCGGAUCAGGUCACCUGGAGCCUGGUUAUGCUUCCCAAAUUGCUAUCUUCCGAAGAAAAUCCGAAACUCGACAUGAAUAUCCAACGAACGAUGCAGCAGAAUCAGCUCAUGAGUACCAGGUUAUAUGGGAGUGGAAUAGCAGCAGCAAAUGAAGAACUACUCGAUGAAACUUUGAAUAGAUUCCUGAGUUUUUAUCGCUUGAAGCUUUUUGAAUUUUGAUCAUCUUUCCAAAUCACAGGUAGUAGUUAUACACAUCAUAUACUUAGAAAAAAGUACACCAACAACAAUCAUCAAUCUCUAAUAUAUAUAUAUAUAUCUUUUGGAUUGUAUA